AUGAGAUUCAAGGAUUUCCAAAAUCAGAGAAUUUAAAUUAAGCACCCAUAACUAUUCCUUUUUUAAUUCAUCAAUUAGAUACUAUUGAUUUUUCCUUUAUACCAUAAAAACUUAUUAGAGUUAAGAAAAUAAAGAAAAUUUUCUAAUUGGUUUAUAAUGAGAAUAGGUUUAAGUAUAAUUGAAAUAUUAGAAUAAUUACAUAAUAAAAAUAUUUUACAUCUGGAUAUAAAACCAGAAAAUAUAAUGAUUUAUAAAGAAUUUGAAAAUGAAUAGGAUAUUUUAAAACCUGGAUUUAUUCAAUUGAUUGAUUUUGGUUUAUCAUAAUAAUAUUAAGAAAAUUCAGAAUCAUUGUAAGAUAUAUUUAUAGGUUCAUUAAAUUUUGCAAGUAGAUCAUCUCAUGAUGGUGCACCACUUGGAUUUAAAGACGAUUUAGAAAGUUUAUUAUAUGUAUUACUUUAUUUAAAAGAUUCAAUCUCAAAAUAAAAUACUUCCUUUUGA